GCGGAACUUUUCGCCCUUUCGGUUUGUUUUCGGCCUUUGGGGAAGAUCGGAGGGUCAACAAUUGUGUUUGAGAUACAAUUGGGCCAAUGGGCUUUUCAUUGUUGACCUUUACCUGGUAAGUUUGUUAUUAUCGAACACAAUCCUAAUCUCUUCGGGAAUUCACCAACAAAUUUCAGAGUUCAGAUCGGAUUAUUCUCCAACAAAGUAAAAACCAAUGAUGCAAAUCCUACCGGAAUUCUAAGACCACCCCACCGCCACCACUUCAAUCUCAUACAAAUUCCAAAUCCCUCACCCAUUCAAUCUUCUCCUCCGUCAAAAUAUUUUCAAUAUUGUACAGUAGCGAUGUUGUUGAAGAAAUCAUCAGCUGCAUCUAUGGCCAUGCCUUCUUUUCGAUUCCAAGACAUGACUUCUUUCUUCUGUGAUUUCCGUUUCCAUUCCAAAGUCGAUGCCUUCGACAACGCGACUGAAGCUUUCACUGAACCUCUGUUUCUUUGUUGAUCUCAAUCCUCCAGAACCCCAAAUUUCCACUAACCAAAAAAACCCUAAACAAUCAAUUUUAUUAUUUUUGAUUUCUGUGGUUUUCUGUUGUUUUAUUUGAUUCUCGUGCGAUGGCGACGAAAAUUAUGGCUGCCGGGGAUGAUGAUGGUAUUUUAGAGACGUCUCCGGAUGGCCGUUUUGUCAAGUACGAUGAAGUUCUGGGUAAAGGGGCGUUCAAGGUCGUGUACAAAGGAUUUGACCAAGAUAGUGGAUACGACGUUGCUUGGUGUCAAAUCAAGAUUGACGAAGCCGCCGUUGUGAAAUCGAGCUUUGCCGAUAAUCUGCUAUCGGAGGCUAAUUUGAUGAAAUCUCUGGAGCAUGAAAACAUUGCCAAGUGUCAUUCUUGGUGGGUUGACCGAGGAAGCAUGAACAUCAACAUGAUCACCGAGUUGUUCACUUCUGGGACGUUGAGGCAGUACAGGAACAAACACAAGUCAGUCAACAUGAAGGCCAUCAAGAAUUGGGGUGUUCAGAUCUUGAAGGGGCUGAGUUAUCUUCAUUCCCAUGAUCCACCGGUUGUUCACAGGGAUUUGAAGUGCGACAAUAUAUUCGUCAACGGGAAUAACGGCCAGGUUAAGAUUGGUGAUCUAGGAUUGGCGACGUUGAGGCAACACCACCGUCGUCUGGUGACUGUUCUUGGGACGCCUGAAUUUAUGGCUCCUGAGCUGUAUGAGGAAGAUUACGACGAACUGGUGGAUAUUUACUCGUUUGGGAUGUGUAUGCUGGAAUUAGUCACUUGUGAGUAUCCUUACAGCGAAUGCAACAACGUGGCUCAGAUUUUCAAGAAAGUCACAACCGGGGUGAAGCCUCUGUCUCUGGGGAAACUCCAGGAUCCGCAGAUGAAGGCGUUGAUCGAUAAGUGUUUACUCCCUGCUUCUCAGAGGCCUAGUGCAGCAGAGCUCUUGAAGGAUCCAUUUUUUACAUCAUCAACCAAGAAAAGCACACUGGAAGAGAAUAAUUUGCCUGAAUUCCAAGCUUCUGAUUCUGCAAGCACGGCAUCAAGCUCUGGAUCAUCAUCUUCAUUGUCAUCUGUGGGAAGCGUCUGGAGUGCUACUAGUAGUAGUCCCGUUUCAACUGCGGAAUCUUUCAGGUCCACAACUGAGGUACAAUUUCGAUUGCGGGGGAAAAGGAUUGAUGUUAAUACCAUUUCAUUUAACUUGUACAUUCUAGACAAGAGAAGCCUUGUAGGCAAAAGCUUUGAGUUCGACUUCGAUCUUAAGGCUGAUGAUGCACUUAAAGUCGCCCUGGAGAUGGUUGAUGGAGACGAAUUGAGCUACCACCAAGUGCCAAUCGCUGCUGAGUUGAUUGAUUGUGUGGUUUUGGAGCUCGAGCCAAAUUGGAUUACAUGCCCUGGAUUUCAUCAUGAGCUAGAUGUUUCUUCUGGAUGCAACGACCUAAGUUCAACCCAACAGAUUGGGGUUGUGGUACAUUAAGUUAGUAGGUAAUCAAUUAAGCUGUGAAUUAAUGUCUUAGCAGGUUAAGCAAUUGAUAUUCAUUUUGCAGGCUUGCCUUUCUGUAACAAAAACGAUUCUUUUUUCCCUUUAUUGUGAUGCAUUUGGUUAACUAAUGUCUAUUCCUUUGCUUUCAAGAUUUUGCUCUUCUACUUUUGAUUGUGAAAAGUGAUAGAUGAAUGGACUCCAAAUUCAUUUGGUUAACUAAAUGUCUAUUACUUUUUUGAUUGUGAAAAGAUUUUGUUACAGUUACUGUGAUACUGUAUGGAUCAUUGAACCUGAUUUAGGC